UACCCUCCUGGGCAUGGUCCAGCCCAGCCCAGCUCUCUUGAAGCCACUCCUUAUAAGGGGCUGGGACAAAGACCUCCCAGCAGAAGGGAGAGAAGCUUGUGUGGACAAGCAGCUUCUGAGAAAAAUGUCACAGCUGAACCUAUCCUGGCUGGGCCUGGGGCCGGUGGCAGCCUCCCCAUGGAUGCUGCUGCUACUGGUUGGGGCGUCAUGGCUCUUGGCCCGCAUCCUGGCCUGGACUUACACCUUCUAUGACAACUACCGUCACCUCCGCUGUUUCCCACAGCCCCCCAAACUAAGCUGGUUUUGGGGUCACCAGGGCCUGGUAAACCCCACGGAGCAGGGAAUGAGGGAACUGACUCAGCUGGUGGCCACCUACCCCCAGGGUUUUGUAACCUGGAUGGGCCCUGUCUUCCCCAUCGUCAAUUUGUGCCACCCCGACAUUAUCCGGUCUGUUCUCAACGCCUCAGCCUCCCUUCCUGCUACGCUGGGCUUGGAGAGGAAAAGUGCAAACCCCAGACUGGGAGCCUCCACCCCUUCCCCAAGUCCCUUCCCUGCCCCUCUGCCCAUCCCCUUAUGGUCUUUGUUCUGGCCAGCCAACAUUGCACUGAAGGACCUGGUCUUCUACACCUUCCUGAAACCCUGGCUGGGGGAUGGGCUCCUGCUGAGUGCUGGUGAUAAGUGGAGCCGCCACCGUCGCAUGCUGACACCUGCCUUCCAUUUCAACAUCCUGAAGCCCUAUAUGAAGAUUUUCAAUGAAAGCGCAAACAUCAUGCAUGCCAAAUGGCAGCGCCUGGUCUCAGAGGGCAGUGGCUAUCUGGACAUGUUUGAGCACAUCAGCCUCAUGACCUUGGACAGCCUGCAGAAAUGUGUCUUCAGCUUUGACAGCAACUGUCAGGAGAGGCCCAGUGAAUAUAUUGCUGCCAUCUUGGAGCUCAGUGCCCUUGUGGCAAAAAGGCAUCAGCAAAUUCUCCUUCAUCCGGACUUCCUGUACCGUCUUACUCCAGAUGGGCGGCACUUCCACAAGGCCUGUAAGCUGGUACAUGACUUCACAGAUGCUGUCAUCCAGGAGCGACGCUGCAGCCUUCCAAGUCAGGGUAUUGAUGACUUCCUCAAGACCAAAGCCAAGACCAAGACUUUGGACUUCAUUGAUGUGCUCUUGCUGAGCAAGGAUGAAGAUGGGAAGCAGUUGUCAGAUGAGGACAUAAGAGCAGAAGCUGACACCUUCAUGUUUGAAGGCCAUGACACCACAGCCAGUGGUCUCUCCUGGGUCCUAUACCACCUUGCAAGGCACCCAGAAUAUCAGGAGCGCUGCCGGCAGGAGGUGCAAGAGCUUCUGAGGGACCGUGAGCCUAAAGAGAUUGAAUGGGAUGACCUGGCCCAGCUGCCCUUCCUGACCAUGUGCAUUAAGGAGAGUCUGCGGAUGCAUCCCCCGGUUCCAGUGAUCUCCCGCUACUGUACCCAGAACAUUGAGCUCCCGGAUGGCCGAGUCAUUCCCAAAGGAGUCAUCUGCCUCAUCAGUAUCUUUGGAAUCCAUCACAACCCAGCUGUGUGGCCAGACCCUGAGGUCUAUGACCCCUCCCGCUUUGACCCAGACAACAUCAAGGAGAGGUCACCUCUGGCAUUCGUUCCCUUCUCGGCAGGGCCCAGGAACUGCAUCGGGCAGACCUUCGCCAUGACCGAGAUGAAGGUGAUCCUGGCGCUCACGCUGCAGCGCUUCCGCGUCCUGCGAGAAGACACCGAGUCGCGCAGGAAGCCGGAGCUGGUCUUGCGAGCUGAGGGUGGACUUUGGCUGCGGGUGGAGCCGCUAAGCGGCCGUCAGUGACUCACUCCCGCCUGGCUUUAGACCCAUUGUGAUCCCACCUACCUGCCUUUGCACAUUCUCGUGUAUAAAACUGUGCUGUUCCCUCUG